UUUAAAAUUUUUACCUAAAUUGGAAGAUUGCCUCAAAUGCUUGAUUAUCAAUGAUGCUAAUGCAGAUUUUAAAGCACCUUACUCCUAUAUAUUAAAAUUACAAUCUAAAAUUUUGACAUCAUUGAAUCAUCAAAGAUCGAGGCUCAAAUUUAUGAGCUUCAUGCUGGAAAAUAAUUUCGCGUUGAUACAAGAAAUCGCUAAUAUUUUAGCUGAUUUUGGGGAGGAGAUGGACAAGCUCACUAAUAUGCAACUCGUGCCAUUCAUCGAAAUUAUGAAACGGUUAGGCAGCUGUUCACCUCAAACCUUAUUGCGGCCCACAAAUUUAAAUAGUAUAUGUGAGGGAUUGAACGAUUUGAAGAUGACGCCUAUCGAUGAAAGCCAGAUUGCCGUACCAUCUAAUACGUUGGAGCGUUUGAUUGCGUUGAGUCGAGAAACCCUACAAAAACUUAUCGAUGUUUUGAUCCAAAACGCAAAAGCAACUUCAAAAGUCUCCAAAUCAAAUCACCUGACUCUCCCUGAAAAUGAAGCGGACAAGCUUAUGGCGAUAAAAAUGGGAGAUAUAGAAGAAGCUAUAAUUUGUUACGACGAAGAUCUCGCCAAGAGGAGAAAUCGAUUCUUGACGAAAAAUCUGACAAAAUGAGAAAUUCAAAUCCUUCCAUCCCUGGUUAACAACAAUUGCUCGAAAAUCAAGAUCGAAAACUAUUUUCCUAGUCCGUUGAAAGCUCGUUGCUAAAAAACAUCCAUCUCUAUCAACAACCAAAAAUCGCAUUUUUUUUUGUAAUAUAUAUUAUUUAUAAAUUUUU